AUCACACAUUUCUUCAUCCACAAUUAUUCCCUUCUUUUGAUAUUUUUAUUAAAUUAUUUGUAUCGAAAAAACGCAUAAAAAUGUAAAAGCAAAACAUGAACUCACAAGUAUUUGUUUGUAUCACUUUUGGAAUAUUUAUUCUCAAAAGUAAAACACCCACAUGCAACACUAGCAGUAGAUAUCACUUAGCUUAUCUUAAACAACACCACUUUCAAUCCCCAGCCACCACCCAAUGUCAAAUUUUACCACCCAUCUCCUUCACUUUUCCGCCUUCCUUCUCCUCUUCUCCGGUAAUCUAGUCGUGUUCGUGUCCUCCAUUGGAGUCAACUACGGUCAAAUUGCAAACAAUCUUCCUUCACCAGAUAAAGUAGUACCAUUAGUAAAAUGCAUAGGAGCUAACAAGGUAAAGCUCUAUGAUUCUGACCCAAAAGUCCUUAAAGCAUUUGCAAACACAAACAUCGAAUUGGUUGUUGGAAUUGGUAAUGAGUACUUAUCAAAAUUACAAGACCCUGGGGAGGGUGAAUCAUGGGUUAAAACCAACGUCCAACCUUUUCUUCCAGCAACUAAAAUCACUACCAUUGUUGUUGGAAAUGAAGUUUUGACAUUCAAUGAUACUUCUCUCUCGGGCUGCUUACUUCCAGCAAUGCAGAGUAUACACACUGCUUUGGUUAACUUGAAUCUUGACUCAAAAAUUAUUGUCACCACAACACAUUCUUUAGCUGUACUUAGUACUUCUUAUCCCCCUUCUUCAGGGGCUUUUCGGCCAGAUUUAGUUGGUUCUCUUACUCAAAUUUUGGACUUUCUUUCAAAAACGUGUUCUCCUUUUAUGAUCAAUGCUUACCCUUUCUUUGCUUAUAAAGGUAAUCCUAAGCAGGUGUCACUAGAUUAUGUUCUGUUUCAGCCGAAUGAUGGAAUAGUUGAUUCUGGCAACAAUUUGCAUUAUGACAAUAUGUUAUUUGCACAAAUAGAUGCGGUGUAUGCAGCGCUUGGUUCUGUAGGUUACAAGAAACUUCCAGUUCAGAUAUCCGAAACGGGCUGGCCAUCAAAGGGAGAUGACGAUGAAGUUGGAGCAUCCCCAGAAAAUGCCAAGAAGUAUAAUGGAAAUCUAUUGAAGAUAGUAAGCCAAAAAAAAGGAACACCGGCAAUGCCUGACUAUGAUUUGAAUGUUUUCAUUUUUGCGUUGUUUAAUGAGAAUUUGAAGCCUGGGCCAACUUCUGAGAGGAAUUAUGGUUUGUUUAAGCCUGAUGGAACUCCAGCUUAUUAUCUUGGGUUUUCUGGAAUCUCGAGUAGAGGUAGUUCUGGCCAUAAUAAGACAAUAACGUUGGCGCCACCUUAUAUUUUGACGCCGGGAAACCCCUCGGAUGGAUAUAUGCCAAUCUCAUCCACGGGAAGAGUUGGCAUUAGAAUCAGCAUCAUAUUGUUAUUGGCAAUGGGUUGGAUUUCAUUGGGUUUCUAUGUUUGAUUGCUAAGAAAACCUUUUCAUUUAUUUAAUCUGUGAGCAUCAAAUAAAAAGGGAGAGAAGGAAUAAAUAAAGAUGGAAAAGUUGAGCAAGAUAUAUAUUUGUUUAUAGGUUGAGAUCCUAUAAAAGUUUGAUGUUAGCAAGUAGAAAAGCUUUGUUGUCAUAAUUCUUUCGUUAGAAGCAUUAGCUUUGAUAUAUUCUAUGUAUUAUUCAUUUUUUUACUUAUAAAUAUGCAAUGUAUUCAUUUUAGCCAUUUAAUACAAGUUACAUUUCUUUGCUUA